AUGGCGAAGCGUGACCAGAAGGAGGCGUCUCUCUUGGUGCUCGUGGCCAUGGUGGUCAUCAUGGUCGUUCUCGCCGUCCAGGUGAAGUCGGUGGUGGCCGCCGGCGAGUACACCGAGGCCAUGAUGAAAGUUGUGAGGGAACAAGUGAAUGCCGUUAACUUCACCGGAAACGACGCCCGCCCCGGCCUCAUCCGGCUCAUGUUCCACGACUGCUUUGUCAAUGGUUGUGAUGGAUCCGUGCUGCUGAUGACCUCGCGCGAAAGCAGCGCCGAUGGGACGACGGAGAAGGACUCGGGCUUCAACAUCGGCCUCCGUGGCUUCGAGGUGAUCGACAAGAUCAAGGAGAAGCUCGCCGACUACAAGGUCACCUGCACCGACGCCGUCAUCUACGCGGCGCGCGAGGCAGUCUACCUGCUGAGCAACGGCAAAAUCGCCUACAACGUCGACGGGCCGGGCCGCAAGGACGGCGUCAUCUCCAGAUCAGAGGACCCGGGGAACCAGCUCCCAGGCACCGGCGCCGACUUCACGGUCCUCGUGAAAAAGUUCACCGACAAGGUCGUCUUCACUGAGAAGGAUGUCGUCGCCCUCUCCGGCGCGCACGCAGUGGGCGUCGCUCACAGCACGACCAUUAACGUCACUGGUACCCCUGAAAUGUACCAAACGGCCGUCCGCUGGGAAACACUCAAGGAUCCAAAUGCAGUUAAGAACAACGUCCGCGAGUACGACGGCGGCCCGCUGAAGAUCUCCUCCGGUUACAAAGACGACAACAAGGAGAGAAUGGCGGCGAAGGGCGUCCUGGACAACAGCUUCUACAACGCCGUCCUCCAGAAGAUGGCGCUUUUCCCAUCCGACAGGGUGCUGGGGGUGAACGCGGUGACCAAGGUGAGGGAGUACAUGAAUAAUGCCGGCACGUGGAACAACGACUUCGGCAGCGCCAUGGAAAAGCUCAGCAAGCUCCCCGCCACGAGCGACCCUUCCAAGAUCGAGAUCAGGAACGUGUGCAGUAAGACCAACUAG